AUGAAAAUCCUUCCGGCAAAACCCGCAAUCACACCGCCACCUCUCCCUGCACAACCUGGGGGACGGUCUCGCACACAAAUGAGGGUCGCGAUCCAGGGCUGCUGCCACGGUGAGCUCAACACGAUAUACGAGCAAAUAAGCCACCUCGAGACGACCAAUGCCUACAAAGUCGACGUGCUGCUCAUCUGUGGCGACUUCCAGGCCAUCCGCAAUCACCAGGAUUUGCAGUGUAUGGCGGUCCCCGACAAGUACAAGGCGCUUGGCGAGUUCCACCAGUACUACAUCGGGGAGCGGCAAGCGCCAAUUCUGACGCUCGUCAUCGGAGGGAACCACGAGGCGUCAAACUACAUGUGGGAGCUGUACCAUGGCGGGUGGUUGGCGCCGAAUAUGUAUUAUCUUGGAGAGGCUGGCUGUGUUCGGGUGAACGGGUUGCGGAUCGCUGGCGCGUCGGGAAUCUUCAACCGGGGAUCGUUCAAGCAGGGUCACUACGAGACUGUGCCCUACGACCGGAGUUCGAUCCGGAGUGUAUACCACACUCGAGAAUACGCCAUCCGAAAACUCUCUCUGCUGUCUCCCCACCCGGACGUCGUCCUGUCACACGACUGGCCGCAGUCCAUAACCGACCACGGGGACCUGCAGCGGCUUCUCCGGGACAAGUCAUUCUUUGCAGAGGACAUCAAGACGGGGAGACUGGGAUCGCCGCCGCUCAGGCAUUUGCUCGGCACAUUGCAGCCUCGAUGGUGGUUCUCCGCUCACCUGCACACGCGCUUCGAGGCGACAGUGCAUCACGGUGGGAAACCGACACAGCCGGUCGAGCGCGACCCGAACGAGAUCGUGAUUGAGGAUGACGAAGACGAAGACGAAAUAGAUCCUUUACCGGCUGCGGAUCCCCCACCUGGAGAACCAUCAGAGGCCCAACCGAUACCACCUCCCCCACGCGUCACCCGCUUCCUUGCGCUCGACAAAUGCGGAGCGAAGCGCAAGUUCCUCGAAGUUGUGAAAAUCGAGGACACGCUCCAGGGCCCCGGCCCGCCGAGGCUAACGUUCGACCCUGAGUGGCUAGCGAUCUCGCGCGCCUUCCACCCGCUUCUUUCGCUGGACCGCCAGCAGCCCGGUUUUCCCUCGGAGGAACUCGCUCGGAAGCAGGUGGAGGAGGCGCGCGCGGCGAUCGUCGCGGAGCUGGCUGCGCGCGAGCCUGGGCUGAGCAUCGACGACUUGGAGGUGGGGUCGGUGCAGGAGUUCGCGAUGACGGCUCCGGGCCCCGGGAUGGAGGAGCAGAUGGGCGGGCGGAGGUCCCAGCCGGCGUGGUACACCAACGCGCAGACGGUCAAGUUUUGUGAGCUGAUUGGGGUCCGCAAUGUUGUGAACUCUCCUCCGUGCAGUUCAGUGCCUGCUUGAACGGGGUCUUUUUGAAUCUGUGGUUCUUAAGUAUUACUAUCUGUGUGUCUGGUCUACGUUCCGCCUGAAAGUCAUUGCCUCCAUCCACUUCGAUUGACACGGGGCGCGUUUCGUACAAAAGUCUGCACGUGCUCGUCAUUUCUACUGCAUCGGGAUUCAUGCAUGUGCAAAUACAUGUGCCUCAUCUGAAAACCGCGUAUUUCCUCUCAUCGGGCCUGACCGACAGUCGGUCUCUGGAUUCCC